UUGUUGGUUGAGAAUUGAAGGUUUGUUACGAACAACCGUGUAGACACCAAAAACGUUGAAUAAAUUCCUACCUAAAAGAUAGUCAAAUCAGACGGUAUGGGACAUUAUGCACGAAAAAACUCAAACAGAUGCUUCAUUUGAAGGUCUGUUGGAAGAUUUUCAGACGUUAAAAGGUGCCGCUACAUUGCAAAAUGACGAGCAAUACCAAAAGUUUGACCUCUGGGACAAAGUCCCAGAACUCUCUUCUGCGAAGAAGAACAUUGUAUCUACGCGAUCUUUUGGCCAUGCGACAAAUUGGAAUUCCCCAAAAAACAUCAUUAGCAAUCAUUACCUUCUCACAAACUCACCAGAUACCAACGUAUUACAUGACUGGUUCAAAAACUCACCUCAUUCACGCGUCUUUCUCAAAUUACUACAAAACUCCUCUGAAGGCGAUGUCGUUGUGACACAAAGUAUUCUAGGAGGCUACGGUUACUUUGCUUGCGGCGGUCUCUCUGGGAUUGUUUCCCGGACACUAACAGCUCCUCUAGACCGUUUGAAAGUCCUUCUCAUCUCUAAUACACAGCGGCAACCCUUGUUCUCUCUUCAUCAUUCGGCCCUACUCGAGGCUAGCAAAACGGUUUGGCGGAAAAAUGGAAUACGCGGAUUCUAUGUUGGAAACGGGUUGAAUAUACUAAAAGUAAUUCCAGAGUCCUCCAUACGUUUCGGUACAUAUGAAGCAGCGAAACGGUUUCUAAACAGAAACAACAAAACCCAACCAAUCAGUCCUGGCAAUGCAUUCCUUGCUGGCGGAAUUGCCGGCUCUGUCGCCCAAGUAUGCAUGUAUCCUUUGGACACCAUAAAAUUCCGUAUGCAGUGCGUUUCCUUUGGCCUGCAAAAUAAGAGGCGCCUUAUGAUGUCCGUGGUGAAAGACCUGUACAAAGUCGGCGGUCUGCGGGCAUUCUAUCGGGGCGUAUUGAUCGGUGUGCUGGGCAUAUUCCCAUACAGUGCUGCUGAUUUAGGGACAUUUGAAGGCAUGAAGCAAAUGUGGAUACGCAUAUCAGCACGAAGACAACAUGUGGAUGCAAGUGAUGUCGAACUACCCAGCGCAUCUGUUCUUUGUUUCGGUGCUCUUUCAGGAAGCUUUGGAGCAAUCCUAGUAUUUCCGUUGAACGUUUUACGCACACGGCUACAAACACAAGGAACCGCUGGUCACAGGUCAACGUAUAAGGGUUUCUGGGACGUUGCACACAAAACCAUCCGCAACGAGGGUUGGUCAGCACUAUACAAGGGUCUCUUCCCCAAUCUACUAAAAGUUGCUCCAAGUGUAGCUAUAUCAUACCUUGUGUACGAGAGUUCAAAGAGCUGGCUUGGACUGACGUGACGGAAAAAAGAGGGAAGGAGGUAAAAAAAAAAUACGAAUUUGUUAUGACUUGUUUCGGGAAUGGUUUAGGUCAAUAUAGAAUGAUGUUUCCACAUUUAUCGUCUCGUUGCUUCGUUUAAGCUUCCACCCACGCUUCAAAUAGUACGGGCCCAAUAUUAAUGUUCUGAACAGGAAUCGUUCGACUAUGCAGCAACCACUCUUUCUCGUCAGUUUCCUGCUGUGCGGCAAUCCAGGAAUGAUAAUUGCCUGGACGGUCGUGAUCAGCUUUAAAGCUUAGGCGCACGCACCAGGUGGUUCCUACAGCAGAAAGUUAGCCAUCAUGACACGAGAAAGUGUGUGUGUGUGUGUACACGCAUACCAGACGGCAACGGUUUUAAGCCUUCAGCAGCGCGAAUAAAGCGAACGAUGGCAGCCCGCAGGCUUUCGACAGACUCUGCUUCUGUAACGUUGCGACCGUUUUGUGCAACGGCACUAAGACGUUAGAGUGGAUGAAGGAUGAAGGAUGAAUUGCUUUCCGCUCACAUACGGUCGAUCGAGGAACACUGAGGAAAUCGUUGGGAGAGACUCUGUGGAAAAGACAAACCGUUCGAGAACCCGUUGAGACUCUGAGAGCAAGCACACGGCUAUUCUACUGACAUGACCCUGAAGGUAAGCAACGCUGUUGUGAAUGGGGAGGGGAGGAAAAAGGCACACCGAGUUUGUCUUACCGAUUGAAUUUCAGCAACACAGGACUCGACGACUUUGGCAAUGUAGCCGGAGAGUUUGGGGUGUCGGCUCUGCCAGACAAGGGUGUUGUAUAGUUGGGUUUUCGUGAACAGGGCUGAUGUGAGUAAUGGGGACACUGGCAAGGAGUGUUUGUUUCGUACUCUUGGGAUAAACGCCUCGCAAGUAUAAGAGUGUAUGGAUACAAGCAGUAACUGAGUGUUAGAGAGGAUAAGGCGGGGAUUCGAGGGAAGAGGAAAGAGAAAAGAACUUGUCGAGGGUCCUCGAGAGCAACCGGUUCAACCAUCACGAUGGAUCCGAUGAGCUCAACGAACCCAGCAGCAGCACAUCCCAUCGACCCUCACUGAAACUUCAGACUCUCUUACAAAAUACUCCAAACUCUUCUGUGCAUCCUUUCACGUUAGUCUCAAUUAAUAAAUAAACAAAAUAAACAAAACAAGAAAACAGAAAAAAAAAAAAAAAAAAGAAAGCUGCUCACUUCGUAUGCUCCAUUCUUGAUUGUCCAUUGUCGUCAGCAACCUCAAACUGUUUGCAGUUGCACGGAGGAAAUCGACGAUCCAAGUCUCAUCAAACGAAACGAAACACGACCAAACCAAACCAAACCAAAGUGAGCAAUUGCCUCUACUGUUUGUGUGAAUUUUGUAUUUCGCCUCUGUGCUCUUGCUGGUUCUGCGUCCACCUUCAGCUGUGUCUGCUCCUUCUGCUCAUUCCCUCCUAACCUCCUCUGCUACCUCUGCUACCUCGCUCCCACCUCGCCCUCCACCACCACCACUUUCCCCAUUCCCCCCACUACCCACCACCCCCACGCCUGGUGGUGAGUUUCUGCCGACCGUCGCGACCCGUUUGUUUUGGCCGAACUACCGAACUCUCCCACCAUCGCUUACUACCACCCAAGCUACAG